AACUUCCUCUUUGGGAGCAUUGACUCAAGACUUUUCUCCACCGUAUGACUCUUCAUCCGAUCCGAAUAGAAAAGUCCAAGGCCUUGCACAUGAACGUAUUCGAACUCGUAGCAACAUACAUUGAUUGAGCCAACCCGCAGAUUCGUCCAACAUGGGUUUCAAGAUUUUGCCGUUGGAAGAGCAGGACAUUCCACAGUUCGUUCGCAUCGAACUGGAAGCCUUCCGAUCUCAUCCAAGAAUCCCGAUGCUAUGGCCGAGAGGCUACACAGAAGAUCUCUACGCCUUCUAUGAAUCAGAGAAACGGGAAAGCCUGCGCGAUGCGAAUAACCGUAUCCUCAAAGCGGUGGACGAGGACACUGGCGAGAUGACCGCCGUGUCGGAGUGGUCCUUCGCUCUCGACCCGGUGGCAGCACACAACCACAAACCCGUCGAUCCCAGCGGUGGACCUCCGGCAGGCUGGCCUAUCGAUGGCAAUUGGGAGCUUCGACGGUUCUUCAGCCUCAAUCUGCAGAAGUGGAAGAAGGAAUGGCUGGCGGGAAAGCCGUACAUUAAACUCGACUUUCUCGUCACAAAUCCCGACUUCCAUCGACGAGGCGCAGGGAGUCGACUGUUGAGCUGGGGCGUUGAGCAAGCGGACAAGCACGGAGUGUUGAUGUGCCUGGAAGCGACUCCGACCGGCCUGGCUUUGUACAAGCGUUUUGGCUUCGUCGAAAAGGACGUCAUCAUGGCUGAUAUGCAGCAAUUCGGAUGGACUCAACCGUAUGAUCCUGAAUCAGCCAAGCGGGUCUGGAUGAUCCGCCAGCCGCAAAAUCGAGACUGAGGCUGCUUCGAGGAUUCGAACUGCUUUCGCUCAA